UGGCAGAGCAGAUCCUGUGUGAGGGAAAGUGACUGACCUGGUAGACCCUCACUGUGAAUGACUUCCUGAGCAUCAACACAGAUCUGCAGCUUUUCUGUUGGAUUACAAAACCCAGACCUCUGCUGCUUUUUAAGAUUAAUCAUGCGUCUCAUCCUUUUGACUGUUGUGGUGCUGCUCCUGGUGGUGGAGCAGAGUACUGCAGACAGAGUCCUGUCCAGACGAACCAAGAGAGAACUUGCCAGUCCACUUCAUGUUGGUGGCAUCAGGGACCCAAAUGGCUCGUACUGCCAGAGGAGAGGAGGGUGCUGCCCUGGUAGAGACGACCUGUGCACGGUGCCCUACCUGGACACCAUCUGCUACUGUGACUUGUUCUGCAACCGCACCGUCUCUGACUGCUGCCCGGACUUCUGGGGCCACUGUCUGGGCAUUCAGCCACCUUUCAUUGGCGUCUGUGAAAGAAAUGGAAACCAGUUCCACACAGGGCAAACGUACAAAGAGAACUGCAAUCUAUGUACAUGUGGGUCUUUGGGUCGCUGGGAGUGUGAGCAGAACGCUUGUCUCAUUGAGCCUGACAUUGUUCAUGCUGUCAACAGAGGCAACUAUGGGUGGAAAGCAGCCAACUACAGUCAGUUCUAUGGCAUGACUUUGGAUGAAGGAAUUCGCUACCGUCUGGGCACACAGAAACCUUCCACCAUCAUCAUGAACAUGAACGAGAUUCAGAUGAACAUGGAUCCUCAGAAUGACCACCUGCCGCUCUACUUUAACUCGGCAGAGAAGUGGCCGGGGAAGAUCCAUGAACCGCUGGAUCAGGGCAACUGUGCUGCGUCUUGGGCCUUUUCAACUGCAGCUGUAGCAUCAGACAGAAUCUCCAUCCAGUCAAUGGGUCAUAUGACUCCUCAGCUGUCUCCCCAAAAUCUUAUCUCCUGUGACACGCGCAACCAGGGAGGUUGUGCUGGAGGGCGCAUUGAUGGAGCCUGGUGGUAUUUGCGGCGGCGGGGAGUUGUGACGGAGGACUGUUACCCAUACGCACCUCCGCAGCAGACACCUGUAGAGGUGGCUCGCUGUAUGAUGCAGAGCCGUUCAGUUGGACGAGGGAAAAGGCAGGCCACGCAGCGCUGCCCCAACACACACACCUACCAAAAUGACAUCUACCAGUCCACUCCACCUUACAGGCUCUCAUCCAACGAGAAGGAGAUCAUGAAGGAAAUCAUGGAUAAUGGCCCUGUGCAAGCUAUAAUGGACGUCCACGAGGACUUCUUUGUCUAUAAGAGCGGGAUCUACAAACACACUGAUGUCAGCGUCGCCAAAGCGCCACAUUAUCGCAAACAUGGCACGCACUCAGUCAGGAUCAUUGGGUGGGGAGAAGACAGAGACUUUAACGGAACACCACAAAAAUACUGGAUUGCUGCCAACUCCUGGGGGAAGAACUGGGGAGAGAACGGCUACUUCCGCAUCGCUCGCGGGGAGAACGAGUGCGAGAUUGAAGCGUUUGUGAUUGGUGUGUGGGGUCGAAUCACCAUGGAGGAUAUGCACAGUCAUCACCACCACCACCGCCGCAGACACGUUUAAAGACGCUGCAGAUGUUCAAACCCCCACAGUGACUUUAGCUUUUGUUUAACACAAAGAAGGACCACACAUCCCUUUACCAUAAAGCUGACAGGGAUGACCACUCUCAUUUUUCACCUUACUUUUCUUUGGGAAUC